UUGUCAAUGGUAUUAAAAACAAGAAAAAGAAAUAGCCGUCAUGCCAUAUUAAAAGAAAAAGUAAAAGGUGAAACAACUUGUGAAAAGUUUUUUUAAUUUUUAAGGUCAAAGUAUACCUACCUACCUAUAUGCCAAAUUUACAUUUUCGUUUAAUGGAAAAUAUGAACUAGCAUGCAAUGCUUCCUCGUCGUCGUAACAUUGGAAGUGUAAAUGAGCGACUGUUGCCGGAACAUUCCGAAGACACGUAUGAUAAAUUGGAUAAAAAAGGUUGGUCGGUAAAACCACUAGCAAAUACAGGACAAAAUCAAGUAAAUUCUCGAUCUAUCGAACUCGUACAAGGUAUACAGCUGAAGAGAGAUUACAAUUUUGAUAUCCUCGAAGAGUUUGUAUUUGAAACCGUAAUGGCAGCGAGAGAUCGUACAAGUGAAUUUAUUGCGACUGUACGAAGCUUACAAGGUAGAACGAUGACUCGACCUGUGAUUAGAGAUGAAAAAAAAGCAGCAAUCCUGGAAACUUACUCUCAAUUCAUGAGUAUGGCAAAGGUUAUCAGCAAAAACAUUACAAGUACAUAUGCUAAGUUGGAGAAAUUGGCAUUAUUGGCUAAGAAGAAGUCUUUAUUUGAUGAUCGUCCAACUGAAAUUCAAGAGCUGACCUACAUUAUAAAAGGAGAUCUGAGUUCUUUAAACCAGCAAAUAGCUCGACUAGGGGAAAUGCCUAAAGGCAAGCGUAGUAUGCACAGCCAUUCAUCUAGUGUUGUUGUGGCUUUACAAUCUCGUCUUGCUUCUAUGAGUAAUCAGUUUAAACAGGUCCUUGAAGUAAGAUCAGAAAACUUGAAACACCAAAAUAAUAGAAGAGAACAGUUUUCAAGAGUAGCUCCAGUGGUCACAGAGGUUCCUUCUUUAUUGCAACAAAAUGAAGUUAGUAUUGAUUUUGGUGAUGCUGAUACUAGUCUUCAAACGCAGCAAUUCGCAUUAAAGGAUGAUACAGAUUCAUAUGUGCAGCAAAGGGCUGAGACAAUGCAUAACAUUGAAAGCACAAUCGUUGAGCUUGGAGGCAUAUUUCAACAGCUGGCUCAUAUGGUAAAAGAGCAGGAUGAAGCUAUUGGUAGAAUUGAUGCUAAUAUACAGGAGGCAGAAAUGAAUGUGGAAGCUGGCCAUAGAGAAAUCAUGAAGUAUUUUCAGAGUGUUACUGGGAACAGGGCUCUAAUGUUUAAAAUAUUUGGAGUGUUAAUAUUCUUUUUUAUCUUUUUUGUUGUUGUUAUGGCUUAACAGAAAAAUUACCUAUUUAAUUUAAAAUAUAUCAUGGUAACCUCAAAAUAAAAAAUAUUUUAAUAUACAAAGCAGUACUGUAAAAAAACGCUAGAUGGCGCUCAUGGUGCAAUUGGUGCAGAAAGCUGCAAGCUUGCUAAGAAAAUGCAGUGAAGAAACUGAGAAAUUAAGAAAUUAAGAUCAAUCCUAAUUCCUACAAGAUAAGGUUAAAAGUAUCGUGGCAAACAUGGAGCUGACGCGCGGCUACUCCGCUCCCUGUGUCAAGGCUGCGGUCAAAGUCGUGGAAUGACCACGUUGAAAGUAUAGGUCGCGCUCUCCGAAUCGCCACGCGUAGUAUCUUUGCCGCGCCUCUCCUGGGGGCCAUUCGCCUAACGGGAUUACUAAUGGCUUAUGAUUCCAUUUUGUUAUUUCUGACCGCUGGAGGUUUUCAAAUUCCCCGCAUUUUUUUCUUUUGUAUUGGUAACAGCAAUAUAAAAGAAAAUCAGCGUAAGGUAUUUGAAAACUUUCGG